AUGGAGGUAUGGCGGGUCUUCAGUUCAGUUUAUUUCGUCGUAAGUGAAGCAUUGGUUGAGGCUGUUUGUGGAAGUAAGAAAAUGUUUGCUUCAUCGGAGAAUCAGAAUGAACGCAAGAACAACUUCCAAAAAAUUAAGGAUCAACUCGAAAGUAUCAAAAUGAUUCUACGAUGUGGCAUAUGUUGUUCAACUUUACGUGAUCCAAUCAUGACCACUUGUAAUCAUGCCUUCUGCAGAAGUUGUGCAAGCUGUCCAUUGCUAUCAUCUUUGCUUGGGAAGUAUUUACCGCUGGCCAAGGCAUUCAAAAAAGAUAUUUUGGCUACUGAUUUUGCGAAAGAAAAUGACUUUAUCGAAAGUCAGAUUCCAGUAACGCAAGCGGUAUCAUCGCCGUUUCAGCUUCCUCCAAAUGAGUCGCGAAAGUUGCUAAGAAAAGAAUCGAAAGGUGUGAAGCGUCGUAUCACCCAUUCGCAAAACAAACCGGUGAAAAUGCAACGGAUUGAUGGGACAGAUUAUUCAAAUUUGACAACAGGAAUUGCCAUGAAUAUCUCUCCGGGAACAUCAUCAAUUGAGCAUACUUCUUGCGGCACUGAAGCAAUGCAUGAUCAGAAGAUUCAGAAGGACAGUACUGCAGACAGGUCAAAUGUUUUGGCACAAAUAGAAUCAGUUGUUAAUUCUGUGUUUGAAGAAAAUGAAAAUCAAUCCCGGAUUGAAGUACUUAUCAAAUGUAUGCCAUGGAUACCUGGCUUUCUACAUUUGAAUCGAGAAGAAUUGAUCAAUGCAAUGUCUGGCACAAAUGCCGAAAAAGAACGUCAUGAUGAUAACAGUCCUUCGAAAAAUGGUAUUGAUUUGGUUCUCGAAAGCGACGAAGAAAUGGAAGUAGUUCCAAUAAACACUUUUUGUGCAAUUAAUUGUCAUAGCGAUGUGCAUCAGAGUAAAGAUCGUAAUAUUGAACAAAGCACUGUUUCAUUUCUAAAGGAUAAACAAUAUUAUAAAGAAGAUAAUGAAGUGUGUUAUUCAAUAAUGGUAUCAGGAGCAUCGAAACUUAGUGACCAGUCCUUGCUACGUAAAUUCUUGGAUAAUUUCUCUUCUUUCAAGCUUUCUACAUCAGUGAAUCGAAAGUGUACAUAUCUGGUUAUUUUCAAUACCGACGGUUUAGUUUGUGAAUUCUGGACAGUGAAAUUGAUUUACGCAUUGGUUAAUCACUGUACGAUUGUGUCGUAUUCGUGGUUAGAGAACUGUCUCAACCAAAAAAGUAUUUUACCCACAGAUGAUUUCGAAGUUUUAUUGAAAAUAAAUGAAACUGCGGUGAGCAUAACUGUUCAACGUGCCCUUACUGAUCCGAGCACUUUAUUCGAUGGGUAUAUAUUUUAUGUCCCUCAAACCUUCUUUACUACCCAACUGAUAACAAGAGGUAUCCAUUUAUAUGAUGAUCUUGAAAUAGAUGUUUUUUUGGAGAUCGUUGAAUUGAGCGGUGGGAAAACUGUGUCACAUGUUUGGGAGCUUCCCUCCGAACGCAGUUAUAUCAUAUUUGCCCCAGAUUGCUUCAAUCGAGAUGCUGCUCGAAGAUUUGAAUUGGAUAUGAAAAAAGAAGUAUUAAAAGCGGACUGGAUUUUUGCAUCAAUUGGUCAGCAUCGCAUUCUAGACAGAGGGCCUUAUCGCCUUGUUCAUUCGAUCAGUUUGGGAGAUGGAUGGAUUAUUCAGUUAGUAUUUGAAGGAGUGCAUGCGCGUAUAAAAUACGGAAAGGGUGUAGAAACAACUUUUGGCUUCACUGAAGUCGUCAGCAUUUCUGACCUGAUUUGUAAAAUUUAUGAAGGCCCCCUUCCUUAUCCUACUUUGCUGACUUGUGCAAGGCAGAAGCUUGGCGCUCAUGGGAUUCUGCAUGUGCAGCAGCAGCAAGCAGCAGCAGGCGCACAGUUUGGGGAGUUACAGUAA